AUGUUUAAGAUUUCCUUUUCUGGUAUUGGAAAUGCCCGUACCUUAAAUGCCACCUGCAUGCUAAUUCCAAACCCAGGGGAAAAGACUUUUGGAGUCAUACACAUAAUUAACGAUCCUACGUCGUCAUGCAAAUUUAGUCUUAAUGGUAGUGUGACUGGAUUGCCUGCAGGAAACCACGGAUUUCAUAUUCACAAUUACGGCGAUUUUUCACGACCUUGUCACACUACCGGAGAUCAUUACAAUCCAUUUGCUCUUGAUCAUGGAGCCCCAACUGAUAAGACUAGGCACUUAGGUGACUUGGGGAACAUUAAGGCUGAUGAUAAAGGGGUCGCAAUUGUUCAAAUAUGUGACUCACAAUUGUCUUUAUCCGGUGAGUAUUCAGUGAUAGGUCGGUCAAUAGUAGUUCACAAAGAUGCAGACGAUUUAGGGCGUGGCGCUGAAUUAAGUAAAACUACUGGGAAUUCGGGUAGUCCUUUGGCAUGCUGUAUAAUCGGAACUGGGUAUAAAUCAGAUCAAAAUUCUACAGGAUUCCCAAAUAAGAAACAGGUUUCAUCUUAUGUUAAUCACUUUAUGUAA